AUGGCUGAUGAACUGGAGGAAGUGCUGAAAAAGUUUGCUCUGUCUAAUUUGGAGCAGAAUGGAGCAUGGUUAGAAAUGGAUGAUAUAGAUAUAGGAAUCACUGAGUGUAAAAAUAGCAUCAUUGGGAAGAUCAGAGGGGAAAAAGUUGCAAACUUCACAGGUGUGAAGAAUUUCGUUACGGCAGCCUGGGGCUACCCCAAAGAUCUCACUAUGACUGAGUUGGGGCCUAACCUGUUUCAAUUUUUCAUUCCAGACGCUGAGAGCAGAUUGAGAAUACUUGGCGGUAGACCAUGGUUGAUUGAUAGUCAGAUACUCGUACUAAAUAGGUGGGAGGCAGGAAUUGAGGAAAAUACAGAGGCCUUCAAAUAUGCUCCACUAUGGGUACAAGUAUGGAAUUUGCCCAUUCACUGGUUAUCUAAGGAAGUUGGGAGGAAGAUCGGGAAAGUUUUUAGAGAGGUGAAGGAGGUGUUAAUUUCCCACUCUGGUGGCAAAGAAGGGAAGCACCUUAAGCUGAGGAGCUAUGGGAAUAACAUAGAACAGGAAGCCAAUCCUGUUAGGAAUGAGAGGGUCCAGAACCUAACCUUGACCAAGAGCACAGACAGGGUGGAGGAAUACAAUGAAAUGCCUAUGGAAAGGAUACAGGAAUCAGGUAAGGAAGAUGAGGAGCUAUUGGAUGCACAAGAGACUGAUAAGAGAGGGGUGGAAAGAGAUAAUGAGGAUAAAUAUGGAACAAGUUCAGAAAUGUGUGGAUUGGAGAAUGAGUCACCUGUAGAAGUGAAUCCCGCAGUAUCAGGAGAAUUAGGGAAUAUGAAGCUGGAAAAGAGAAUAGAGGAUGGUAAAGCUCUAGUUAUUGAGAUGUAG